AUGGAUUUUGGUCAUCCUCCCAAGGAAGGCCUGGAGGAUGCGCUGAACCCUGGCUUCGCCCUCCCCCUGACCGAUGCGGACGACGCCUGCCCGGCGCACGUGCGGAGCACUUCGCUGCCGAACGCCACGCUGAACCUCGUCCUGGCGGUGCUGGGGGCGGGGCAACUCACUCUGCCCUAUGCCAUGGGACAGUUGGGUCUCGCACUGGGCAUCACCUGUUUGUUGAUCUUCACCUUGUUCUCCAUGCACUCUUUGAAGACCCUGACCUUGUACGAGCUGCACUUCGCACCCAGCAACUGCCUGGAGACCUAUGCGGAGCUGGUGAUUCGGGUCCUCGGAACACCGGGUCGAGCGAUUUGCAACGCGCUGCUGGUGAUGUCGCGCGGCGUUCCGGGGUACGCCUGGGGUGGCGCAGUGGCGUUCUUGGUGAUUUUGAAGGGAGAAUCGGAGUUCCUGUGGUGCAACUAUUAUGACUGUCACCAUCAUCCGGAGCAGUGGCAUGUGACGAUUCUAGGAUCAGAUGUGGCCGGCAGUGGCCAAGUUAUUCUGCUGCUGCUGGCGCUCUUCGUCCUCUGGCCCUUGAGCUCCCUGCAGGACCUGUGUUUCAUGAAACGUUUCAGCUGGUUGGGCUGCGCGGCGGCCCUGAUCAUCACCGGGGCGACCUGUUGGACGUCAGGUGUCGCUCCGGGAUCGAUGGGGCGGCUGCUGGAGGUGGGGUUGGCUGGGGGCCGGUGGCCAAUCCCCCCGAGAUGA